UCACUUUUGUGACUGGGCUGGAACUGGGGUCCCUUUCCAUCUCCCUCAUCCCCGCAGGGUUGACCACUCUGGCUCUGCUGGGGCAGAGAGCCCAGAGGCCUCAAUUCCUGGGACUUGUCCUUGGCUAGCCAGCAAUUGGAGGAAAGUGCCCACGCCCAUGAGGGCGUGGCCGCGCCAGGCCUGGUCUGAGACCAGAGACCCGCCUGAGUUUUUGCUGUGUCCCUCAGGUUUCUGGUGCCCACCACCUCCACCAUGGUCCUGGAGCUCUACCUGGACCUGCUGUCCCAGCCCUGCCGCGCCAUCUACAUCUUCGCCAAGAAAAACGGCAUCCCCUUCCAGCUGCGCACCGUGGAGCUGCUCAAGGGCCAGCACCUCAGCGAUGCCUUUGCCCAGGUGAACCCUCUGAAGAAGGUACCUGCCAUGAAGGAUGGGGACUUCACCUUGACUGAGAGUGUGGCCAUCCUGCUCUACCUGACACACAAGUGUAAGGUCCCUGACUUCUGGUACCCUCAGGACCUGCAAGCCCGUGCCUGUGUGGAUGAGUACCUGGCAUGGCAACACACAACCCUGAGGAGAAGCUGCCUCCGGGCCCUGUGGCAUAAGGUAAUGUUCCCUGUUUUCCUGAGGGAGCAAGUAUCUCCUAAGUUACUGGCAACCACGCUUGCAGAGUUGGAUGAGCUCUUACAGUUGUUUGAGGACAAAUUCCUCCAGAACAAGGCUUUCCUUGUCGGGUCCCACAUUUCCCUAGCUGAUCUGGUGGCCAUCACGGAACUUAUGCAUGUGAGUACUGUGGACAAGGAGGACACACUAGAUAGAGGGUGCCCCAGCCAAGUACUAAAGUCCUGUUUUUGCUGCCCUCACCAAACUGCAGGUCUGUGCUUAUGUAUGGAAAACCCUCUGGAUCUCUGGGGUUCCCAAACCAGGCAGAUGAGGCCUGUCCUUGUCUUUACUCAUCUGCCCCUAUUCUGUCUCCUUCUUGCUACAGCCCGUGGGUGCUGGCUGCCAAGUUUUCGAAGGCCGUCCCAAGCUGGCUGCAUGGCGCCAGAGAGUGGAGGCAGCAGUGGGGGAGGACCUCUUCUGGGAGGCCCAUGAGGUCAUCAUGAAGGCCAAGGACUUUCCCCCUGCUGACCCCACCAUAAAGCAGAAGAUAAUGCCGGGAGUGCUGGCCAUGAUCCGGUGAGAUCAGAAGCCUCAUCUCUGUGUGUGUGUUUACAAAAUACCUUCAUUUUCAAUGUCCCAUGAGGCCCAGAGAACAGGAGUGCUGUAGUCCCACUUCCCAGGCCAGAACUCUAUCCCCAUCCUCUAUUCCACAGUUGCCUGAAUGCUA